CAGGCGAUGCCCCGGGGCUGGGAGGGCAGGGGAGACGUCGGGGGCUGUUUAACCAUUAAACCUGCGGCGUCUUGGGAGAGGCGGGGACGCUGGCCUCGCUGCCACUUCACCCUGUACCUUGAUCCCCCUCGCCUUCGCUGCUGCCAUGAAGCAAAUGGAAGGGUUCGAGGGCGACAGGACGGCCAUCGUAAAGUUUGAAUUUAACCCCAAAGAUGGGAUCGACAACCCUGCCCUGUCGCUGGCUGAGGACACGGAUGGAGAGGCCGCGGGGGAGCCCCGCUUCUACCUCCUGAGCAAGGGCAGCGCGGAGACCUUCGGCUUCUGCCUCCACAAGGAGCUGGGCGGCCGGGGCCAUGUGGUGAGGCAGGUGGAGCUGGGGGGGCUGGCCCAGCGCAGGGGGCUGCAGGACGGGGACCGGCUCCUGCAGGUCAACGGGCGCUUCGUGGACCACCUGGACCACCAGCGGGUGGUGCAGAGGAUCAAGGCCAGCGGGAACCAGGUGCUGCUGGCGGUGCUGGACGGCGAUUCCUACGAAGCAGCCAAAGCCCUGGGCAGGGACCUGGCUCAGCUGCUGCCCGCCGACGUCCGCCCGCGCCUCUGCCACAUCAGGAGGGACAAAAACGGCUUCGGCUUCAGCGUCUCGGGGCCAGAAGGCACCAAGGGGCUGUUCCAGCUCUCGGUGCGGCACGGCGGCCCGGCGGACAGAGCGGGGGUCCCCACAGGCUCCUGGCUCCUGGAGCUGAACGGGGCCAGCGUGAGGAGCUGCUCGCGCGCCCAGCUCGCCCGAAAGCUGAAGCAGAGCGGCAGCAAAAUGACGCUGCUGGUGGCAUCGGGCACCGUGGAGGAGUUUUAUCGCCUGCGGGGGCUGCAGGUGCCGGCCGCCGCUGCGGACGCCUCCUGGCUGCCCUAUAAAGCUCGCGAGCUGCACAUGGUGAAGGGCCCCGGUGGCUACGGGUUCCUGCUCAAGGAGGAUGACUACGGGGCGGGGGCGAUAGGCCAGUUCCUGUGGGAGGUGGAUGCCGGGCUGGCGGCCGAGCGGGCGGGGAUGAGGGAAGGGGACCGGGUGCUGGCGGUGAACGGCGAGAGCAUCGAGGGGCUGGACCACCAGCAGACGGUGCUGAGGAUCCGCGCCCACGAGGACCGGGUGACGCUGCUGGUCAUCGACCCCGCCAGCGACGAGUUUUACCGCUCGCUGGGGCUGUCCCCUCUGCUGUUCCUCGAGGACGGUGACCCUGCCUCGGGCUCCUGCACGCCCUCCCUGCCCUCUCCCCACGGCUCCCCUGGGCUCUGCCACGUCGAUGUGGGACCAAAAGGCCCCGGCUCCUGGCUGGUGGCUGCUGCCAACAGCAUAACCAUCGCCCAGGUAACCCGUGGCGCCGCGCUGCUCCUGUCCCGGUCCUUCCCUGGCCCCCUGGGGCUGGUGGGAAGGGGCUGCGUGGCCCUUUGGCCACAGGGGCUGAGCAGAAAGCUCCCCAAAACCCACCCACAGAGCGUUUUGGGGCGGGUGGAUGUGUGCUGCCCUCUUGUCCCCACAGAGCCCGCGCAAGGAGGAGCAGAGGUGGCUGCACGAGGCGUUCUAGUGGCCCCCACCACGACCCCGGCAGGUCCAGCCUGCUGCUGCUCCCGGUUCCAGCUCCCCGGAGAGCAGAGGAGCUGCUCGGGACGGCCAACGCUGCUCCAGGCUGGAGCUGCCGGCAUCACACCUCGCACGGACUCGCCUCUGCUGCCCGAGGCUGGCCCCAGGCUUUUCUUAGCGGCCACCUGAAGGCAGAGCUGCGCCCUCGCCGGCCCCGCUGCCUCCAGGAGCGUUUGGGGACGUGGCACUCGAGCCCUCGCCCAGCUCCAGGCUCUGGGUCGCCCCCAGGAGAGCCGAGGUUGUGCCCCUCACGCCGUGACCCGGGGCGAGGGGGAGCCUGGAGCUCGGCUCAGCCCGGGGCUGGCCCUCGGGCAAAGGGGAGAAGGAGCAGCGGAGGCCUCGGGGCACUGGAGGAAUCCCCCAGCUCCGCUCCUGGACUUUAUGGGAUGGUGAAACCGACAAGGAUCAGGGCUUGUAAAAAUGCUGUGACUGUGAGAAUAGUUGGUAAGCUUUCCAUCCUAAUGUCCUGUUCUGCUUGGCGCUUCCGCGUCCCCCCAUAAAGGACACGAACCCA